AUGCAACUAAGACGAUGACUAUUUUCUACAAACCACAAGGACAUUGGAACACUAUAUCUUAUUUUCGGAGCUUGAGCCGGAAUGGUUGGAACGGCUAUGAGAGUAAUUAUACGAGCCGAACUAGCACAACCUGGGUCUCUUCUUAAAGAUGACCAAAUUUACAACGUAGUUGUAACUGCACACGCACUUGUUAUGAUCUUCUUUAUGGUAAUGCCAAUAAUGAUUGGAGGAUUCGGAAACUGAUUAAUUCCACUGAUGAUAGGGGCGCCAGACAUGGCCUUCCCCCGAAUGAAAAAAAUGAGAUUUUGACUGGUUCCCCCUUCCUUUAUUUUACUUCUAGCAUCAGCUGGGGUAGAAAGAGGAGCAGGAACAGGGUGAACAAUCUAUCCUCCUCUAUCUAGUAAAAUUGCACACGCAGGGGGGUCAGUAGACCUUGCAAUCUUUUCCCUACACCUUGCUGGUGCCUCAUCCAUUUUAGCCUCAAUAAACUUUAUAACGACGAUUAUUAACAUGCGAACACCUGGAAUGUCUUUUGACCGCCUACCUCUAUUCGUGUGAUCAGUCUUUGUAACUGCAUUCCUCCUACUUCUCUCUCUCCCAGUUUUAGCGGGGGCAAUCACAAUGUUGCUUACCGACCGAAACAUUAACACCACCUUUUUCGACCCAGCAGGAGGAGGAGACCCAAUUCUGUUCCAACACUUAUUCUGAUUCUUUGGUCACCCAGAAGUUUACAUCUUGAUCCUUCCCGGAUUCGGUAUGAUCUCACACGUUAUUGCUCACUACUCAGGAAAGCGAGAGCCAUUUGGAUACCUGGGAAUGGUUUACGCCAUGAUAGCCAUUGGAAUCCUAGGAUUUUUAGUCUGAGCUCACCAUAUGUUUACAGUGGGAAUGGACGUGGAUACACGGGCCUACUUCACAGCAGCGACAAUGAUUAUUGCAGUUCCAACAGGAAUUAAGGUAUUUAGAUGAAUGGCCACACUGCAAGGUUCAAACUUACAAUGAGAAACUCCCCUGCUAUGGGCACUAGGGUUUGUCUUUCUCUUUACAUUAGGAGGACUUACAGGGAUCGUCCUAGCCAACUCGUCUAUUGAUGUUGUACUUCACGACACCUACUACGUAGUAGCCCACUUUCACUACGUCUUAUCAAUGGGGGCCGUAUUCGCAAUUUUCGCAGGGUUUACUCACUGAUUUCCGUUAUUCUCAGGAUACAGCCUACAUCCACUGUGAGGAAAGGUUCACUUUUUUAUUAUGUUUGUCGGGGUAAACUUGACAUUCUUCCCCCAACACUUCCUAGGGCUGGCCGGAAUGCCACGACGAUAUUCUGACUACCCAGACGCCUACACCCUGUGAAACACGGUUUCUUCUAUAGGAUCUACUAUUUCGGUUGUUGCCAUGCUAUUUUUCCUUUUCUUAAUCUGAGAGGCUUUUGCUUCUCAACGAGAAGGUAUUACACCAGAAUUUUCCCACGCCUCCCUUGAGUGGCAAUACACAUCCUUCCCACCAUCACACCACACUUUUGAUGAAACACCAUCUACAAUUAUCAUAGUAAAGUAG